AUGAAAGCAGCGCCCAACUUCCCCAGCUUGACUCGCACCAAUAUUGGUCCAGUCCCAGCCCAUACUGCCGCCGCCUCAGCCGCCAUGCUGCCUCUGUGCCAGCGGCCUGCUGUCCACGUCGACGAGCUGGGCGCAGUUAUGUCCUGGCGGGACCACAUGUCGGGCCUUAUCGCUCAGCUGGGGGACUCCCUGGAGCACAUGGACGGGGGCCCGGACAAGGCGGGACUCCUGGGGGCCCUCCGAUGGGUUGAGGUGCUGGGCAGGGAGGCGGCUCUUGGGUGCCGCAGCGGCGCGGGCGGCGCGACCGGAGGGGAGCGUGAGCUGGACUGGGUGCUGGAUGAUGUCAUUGAGGCCGUCAGGGUGCGUCCUGAAUCUCCCUGGGAGGAGACCAGCUGGCGGCUGCUGGAGCCCCGUGUGAGGACGGAGGAGACCAGGGGCCACGACCCACGGGUCACUUGGCAGCUAAGGCUGAGAGAGCCCGUAUCGCAGUUGUGGGAGUGGUGGGAGCGGAGGCUGAAGGAUCGCGUUCCCUUCCAGUACCUCAUCAGUACGGCACACUGGCACAAGUACGUGCUCAGUGUGGGACCGGGGGUGCUCGUACCCCGACCGGAAACGGAAAUCUUUCCCGAGCUUGUCCGUACGGCGAUCUCGGAGCGGCCGUACCUGGCGGCUGCGCCGUGGGCGGAUCUGGGUACGGGCAGCGGCGCCAUCGCGAUUGCGGCAGCGGAUGAGCUGCGGCGAGUUACCCUCUCUGUGGAGGUGUGGGCAGUCGACCUGAGUCCUCGAGCAGUGGCGUACGCUACCUUCAAUGCCCAGCUAUGCCUGCCCUCACCGCCGAGCACGGGCGCCGGCGGCAGUGGCGGCGGCGGCAGGCCGCUCGUGCGUGUCGUACAGGGCAGCUGGUUUGAGCCGCUGCGGCACCUGCGCGGCCGCCUCGGCGGCGUGCUCACUAAUCCGCCGUACAUUCCCCGCGCCCAGAUGUCGGGUUUGCAGGCUGAGGUGCGGCUUCACGAGCCCCGGGGGGCACUGGACGGCGGCGAGGGACCGGGAUUGGACAGCUUGGAGAUCUUAUGUUCGGAUGCGGCGGCUAUGAUGCUCCCGGGAGGGCUGAUCGCCCUGGAGACCGCCGGCGGUGAUCAGGCGGAGCUGGUGGCGGAGCUGCUGCGGGGGGUCCGGGAGCCGCCCUCCUGCGGGGCCCUGGACGUGAUUGACACCACCGCCAGCAGUAGCACCCGCCUUAACACCGCCACCAUGGACAAGAACAACAGUACCAGCAACAGCAGCCACAGUAGUGCGGGUGAAAACGACGCUGCACUGACCCGGGGGUCGGUGAGAGGGCUGUGCACGGAGGCCUAA